AUGGAUUUAGAGGUGAGGGAUGUGAACGGGUCGAACUGUUUGUCUCGGAAUGAGAGCGACCGCCGACUUAGCGCCUUCUCCUCUGGAGUGUCCACUGCGCUGGCCAGCGUGCUGAUCUUCACCAUCGUGGUAGACAUCCUGGGCAAUGUCCUCGUCAUCCUGUCCGUGUACAGGAACAAAAAACUCAGGAAUGCAGGAAACAUCUUUGUGGUGAGUUUGUCCGUGGCGGACCUGGUGGUGGCAUUGUACCCCUACCCUCUGGUCCUGACAGCCAUCUUCCACAAUGAUUGGACCAUGGGGGAUCUACACUGCCAAGCCAGCGGCUUCAUCAUGGGCCUAAGCGUCAUCGGCUCCAUCUUCAACAUCACAGCCAUUGCCAUCAACCGCUACUGCUAUAUCUGCCACAGCCUCCACUAUGACCGCCUGUACAGCCUGAGGAACACUUGCUGUUACCUGGGCCUCACCUGGUUGCUCACGGCCAUUGCCACCGUUCCCAACUUCUUUGUUGGCUCGCUGCAGUAUGAUCCCCGCAUCUACUCCUGCACCUUCACUCAGACAGUCAGCUCAUACUAUACAAUCUCAGUGGUGGUUAUUCACUUUCUGAUCCCGGUGCUGGUGGUGUCCUACUGCUACAUGAGGAUAUGGGUGCUGGUGAUUCAAGUGAAGCAUCGGGUUAAACCAGAGCAAAGGACCAAACUGAAACCCAGUGACGUGAGAAACUUCCUGACUAUGUUUAUGGUGUUCGUGCUGUUUGCAAUAUGCUGGGCACCACUGAACCUCAUAGGUCUGGCUGUAGCAAUUAACCCUGUGAAAGUUGCACCCAACAUACCUGAGUGGCUAUUUGUCACAAGUUACUUUAUGGCUUACUUCAACAGCUGCCUCAACGCUAUUAUAUAUGGACUACUAAACCAAAACUUCCGGAAAGAAUACAAGACAAUCCUUCUAGCUCUUUGUGUUCCUCGUUUGCUCCUUAUGGAAACCUCCAGGUGCGCCACUGAAGGACUUAAGAGUAAGCCCUCACCGGCAGUAACAAACAACAAUGUAGCAGAGAUAAAUGUAUAAACUAAUGUUUUACAGGGAAACUGAGAUUAAGAUUCUCUGGAGCCUCAUUUUGGAUGUGUGAUCCACCCUGUGCCUUUUCAUAAGAUGUGUAUCAUUUUCCAGUCGUAGAGAUGUGAUCAUGUUUGGAAAGGACACUACUGUCGUCAUGUUCCUUUUCAGCCAUGUCGGAUACUGUUCUCUGGUACUUGGAGGAAAAAAAUUAAAUGCAUUACCUCUACAUCAUGCUCCUAUGUGGUAGCUUCUUGGCACGCUAUUUGUUAAAAAGUUAAGAACGGAAAAAAAAAAGACCCUGAUAACUCAUUCAUCUUCACCAAAAAGUAUUUUGACCAAGAUGGGUAGUCUUCAUUGAUAGUUAAGAAUCUUUAAAUAAAAUAAAUGUAAAACUUACAGUUUUAUAGUGAGUCAGUACUGCUGUAUGGCCUUUUGUUCAUAUGAGAGACCCCACUUUACAUGACACAUCCCAGUAUGUGCACAUGAGAGUG